AGAAAUAAUAAAUAUAUAUAACUUUUGAUAUUAGUCACAGAACGUACAGGAUAUAAGUAGUGCCAGAAAUCUUCCACAAAGGCAGAGUACGUAGGGCAAAGGAAAGACAGAGUCUGCCUGUGUUGAGAGUCAAGAAAAAAAUAUAACAACACUUGGGGAUAAUUACAGUAAAGAAAGAAUGCAGAGCAUUAAAAUUCCAGAGAAAAUACUGUCGAGUAAUAAUCCAAUUCCUCUUGUAGGUUUUGGAACAGCUGAAUACCCUUUUGGUGCUUCCACUGAAACCAUGAAAGACUCAAUUCUCCAUGCAAUAAAAUUAGGUUAUAGACACUUCGAUUCUGCUGCUCUUUACCAAACUGAGCAACCUUUAGGUGAAGCAAUAUCAGAAUCUCUACAGCUUGGAAUUGUAAAAUCUCGAGACGAGUUCUUUAUCACUUCUAAGCUUUGGUGCUGUGAUGCUCAUUAUAAUCGUGUUCUGCCUGCUCUACAAAAUACUCUCAGGAACCUUAAAUUGGAGUACAUUGAUUUGUACUUGAUACACUGGCCAGUGAGCUUGAAGCCAGGUGAAUAUGAGCUACCAGUGAAGAAAAAGGAUCUUCUUCCAAUGGAUUUUAAGUCUGUAUGGGAAGCUAUGGAAGAGUGUCAAAAGCUUGGCUUGGCAAAAUCCAUUGGAGUAAGCAAUUUUUCUUGCAAGAAACUUGAGAUUCUGUUGGGCACAGCAAAGAUUCCUCCUGCUGUUAAUCAGGUGGAGAUGAAUCCACUUUGGCAGCAAAAGAAGCUCAGAGAUUUCUGCGAGAAAAAGGGUAUACCAGUAAGCGUAUACUCUCCUUUGGGAGCCAAAGGAACCUUAUGGGGUACAAACUUAGUCAUGGACUGUGAGUUGCUACAAGAGAUUGCGAAGGCAAAAGGAAAAACUCUUGCCCAGGUGUGUCUAAGAUGGGCAUAUGAGCAAGGGGUAGUUGUAUUAGUGAAGAGCUUCAACAAGGAGAGAAUGAAAGAAAACCUUGACAUUUUUGACUGGCAAUUAAGCCAAGAAGAAUUAGAGAUGAUCGAUGCACUUCCACAACGUAAAGGAUUUCCUGGUAUUGAAUUCAUUUCCGAUGAAGGUCCAUACAAAUCUUUUGAGGAGCUUUGGGAUGAAGAUAUUCAAUUUUCUUAAAUUUAUUUAUAUCUCCUGUUUAUGUUUUAAUAUUUAUUACUGUUGAGGGUUAUGUAUGAAUGAAUUUCAUUUUAUUUUACUGAA